CCCUCUCCCCUCCAGUCCGGCCCCACCUCCAGCUCUGCCUGCAGCCAGUGCCCCACCAACACGAGCCCCAUCCCCCCGAGCGCCCUGUCCCCUCCAGCCCAGCCCCUCACCAACACCAGCCCCGUUCCUCCGCCCUGCCAGCCUUAUCACCGCCAGCCCAGCCCCCACCUCCAGCUCUGCCCUCAGCUAGCGCUCCACUAACACCAGCCCCGUCCCCCCAAGCGCCCCACCCCACCAGCCCGGUCCCACCUCCCGCUCUGACCCCAGCCAGCGCCUCACCAGCACCAGCCCCGUCGCCCCGAGCGCCCCGCCCCGCCCCGCCCCGCCAGCACGGUCUCCUCCCUUCCGGCCCCACCUCCAGCUCUGCCCCCAAGCAGCGCCCCGCCCCCGGCCCUGCCUCCAGCGCCUAGCCCCGACUCCCCAGGCUGGUCUCUGGGCUCUGAAGGGGGGCCGCGUGCCGUUCAUCUCCACGCCUGAGGCUCGCUGCGGAGCUAGGUCUGGCCCGAUGCCCCCUAGCGGGGACAGCGCACGGUCUCGUUGCUGGCAAGUACCGGGGUCACACGCGCCCUGCCCGCGCAGCGCCCUUGGGGCGGGGCCGGACCCUGGCCAGUAGAGGCCCCGUUCUCCGCGCCGGAAGUGUCGUGUCAGGAUCCCCAGCGUCCGGAGCAGCGUCAGCUACAUGGAGUCGCCGGUGCUGAGGAGCCCGGAAGAGAUAGCGGCGCUGUACCGCGAGCUCAGCCAGUGCCCCUCGCUCUGCAGUGCCUGUAUCGGGCCCGAGGUCACCACUCGGUAUGGGGGCAAAUACUGCAAUGUCUAUACAGAGUGGUCUCAGCAGGACCUGGAGAGAGCCGAGAGCGUGAAGUUCUGCCGCCAAUACCUCAUCUUCCAUGACAGCCAGGCCAUUGUGUACUCGGGCCCCUCGGGCACCUGCAGUGAGAUCAAGGGAGAGCUGCUGAGCAGGGAGUCUCCCAGCGGGGCACUUAAGGCCGUCUUGCGGAAAGCCAGCCCUGGCAAAGGCGAGGAGAAGCAGUUUCUUGAGAUCUGGGAUCAAAAUCGCAAGGUGAAGAGCAUCAACCUGACGGUGUUGGAGAAGCAUGGCAACGUCUAUGAGGAUGAUCAGUUUGGCUGCCUGUCCUGGUCGCACUCGGAGACCCACCUGCUCUAUGUGGCCGAGAGGAAACGGCCCAAGGCCGAGUCCUUCUUCCAGAGCAGAACCCCGGAGCUGAGCAGCAACUGUGCUGAUGAGAGACGAGACAAGGCUGUCAAGGGGGAGCAGUUUGUGUACCACGACGACUGGGGCGAGGCACUGGUGGGCAAGAGCAUCCCAGCCUUGUGCGUGCUGGACGUGGAGAGCGGCAAUGUCUCGGUGCUGGAAGGUGUUCCGGAGCACAUCUCCCCUGGGCAGGCCUUCUGGUCCCCUGGCGACACGGGUGUGGUGUUCAUAGGCUGGUGGCAUGAGCCCUUCCGCCUGGGCCUGCGGCACUGCACCAACCGCAGGUCAGCGCUGUUCUAUGUGGACCUGACGGGAGCGAGGUGUGAGCUGCUGUCAGAUGACACUAAAGCCGUGUGGUCCCCACGCCUGAGCCCUGAUCAGUGCCGCAUCGUGUACUUGGAGAACAGCGCACUCGGACCCCACCAGCAGUGCAGCCGCCUUCGCAUGUACGACUGGUACACGAAGGUCACCUCAACCGUGCUGGAUGUCGUGCCCCGGCACAGCCAGGGAACGUUCACAGGGAUCUAUUGCCCAGCGCUGCCAGGCCUGUGCUGGGCAGCCGAUAGCCAGAGGGUCGUGCUGGACACCGCUCAACGCAGCCGGCAGGAGCUGCUUGUGGUGGAGACUCUGAGUGGCAGCGUGACCUCCCUGACGAUGGGUGCCCCCCUGGGCAGCUGGUCUCUCCUCACCAUUGACCGGGAUCUCCUGGUGGCCAGGUUCUCGACCCCCAGCUGCCCCCCAACACUGAAGGUGGCCUUCCUCCCCGGGGCCGGGCGGGAGGCCCAGGUGCACUGGGUGUGUCUGGAGGAUGUGACCCCCAUCCCGGAGAUCAGCUGGGUGAUCCGGCCCCUGCAGCCCCCCGCGGAUCAGGAGAAUCCGCAGUACAAGGGUAUUGAUUUCGAAGCCAUCUUGCUGCAGCCCAGCAGGGGGCUAGGGCUGAGGAAGCUGCCCCUGGUGGUCAUGCCCCAUGGAGGCCCACAUUCCGUCUGCACGGCCAGCUGGAUGGUUUACCCUGCGGUGCUCUGCAGGGUUGGCUUCGCCGUGCUCCUGGUGAAUUACCGUGGUUCGCUGGGCUUUGGUCAGGACAGCAUCGCCUCCCUGCCUGGGCACGUGGGCUGCCAGGAUGUCAAAGACGUGCAGUACUGUGUGGAGCGGGUGCUGCAGGAGGAGCCCCUAGACUCAGCGCGUGUGGCACUAGUGGGUGGCUCACAUGGGGGCUUCCUCGCUUGCCACCUCAUCGGUCAGUACCCAGGCAGCUAUCAGGCCUGUGUGGCAAGGAACCCAGUCAUCAACAUGGCCUCCAUGAUCAGCAGCACCGACAUCCCAGACUGGUGUCUGACUGAGGCCGGCUUCCCCUAUGCGCCCGAUACCCUACCGGAUGCCUCGCACUGGGCAGAGAUGCUCCACAUGUCCCCCAUGCAGUACGUUGCCCAGGUCCGGGCACCUGUGCUUCUGAUGCUGGGAGAAGAGGACAGGCGUGUCCCCCCCAAGCAGGGGCUGGAGUACUACCGUGCUCUCAAGGCCAGGGGCAUCCCUGCACGGCUGCUGCUGUACCCCAGAAACAGCCAUGCGCUCUCUGGCGUCGAAGCUGAGGCCGACGGCUUUAUGAACAUGGCGCUCUGGCUGCUCCAGCACCUGCAGUGCUGACAGGGGCUGUGCUUCGCCUUUGCCCAAGACCUGUAACCUGAAUCCAAUAAACCCACAGCUCAUCUUGUG